CUCCGCGCCGGUCCCCGCCCGCCCCGCGGGGCUAUGAGGCCGUAGGGCCCGCGGGCCGGAGCAGCCUUCUGCCGCCAGCAUGUUCGGCCGCUCCCGCAGCUGGGUGGGCGGCGGGCACGGGAAGGCUGCCCGCAGCAUCCACUCCUUGGACCACCUCAAGUACAUGUAUCAUAUUUUGACUAAAAAUACAACAGUAACAGAUCACAACCGCAACCUGCUGGUGGAGACCAUUCGUUCCAUAACAGAGAUCCUGAUCUGGGGGGAUCAGAAUGACAGCUCAGUGUUUGACUUUUUCUUGGAGAAGAAUAUGUUUGUGUUCUUCCUGAACAUCCUGCGUCAGAAGUCUGGUCGUUAUGUGUGUGUGCAGCUGCUGCAGACUCUGAACAUCCUUUUUGAGAACAUCAGCCAUGAAACAUCCCUGUACUACCUGCUCUCUAAUAACUAUGUGAAUUCUAUUAUUGUCCACAAAUUCGACUUUUCUGAUGAGGAGAUCAUGGCAUAUUACAUAUCAUUUUUGAAAACUCUUUCCCUGAAACUCAAUAAUCAUACUGUACAUUUCUUUUAUAAUGAGCACACUAAUGACUUUGCUUUGUACACUGAAGCUAUUAAAUUUUUUAACCACCCCGAAAGCAUGGUCAGGAUUGCUGUUAGGACUAUAACUUUAAAUGUCUACAAAGUGGACAACCAGCCUAUGCUGCAUUACAUUCGAGAUAAAACUGCAGUUCCUUAUUUCUCCAACCUUGUCUGGUUUAUUGGAAGCCACGUGAUAGAACUGGAUAACUGCGUGCAGACUGAUGAAGAGCACAGAAAUAGGGGCAAACUGAGUGACCUGGUAGCAGAACAUCUUGAUCAUUUGCAUUACCUUAAUGAUAUCCUUAUCAUUAAUUGUGAAUUUUUAAAUGAUGUGCUGACAGACCACCUACUUAAUAGGCUCUUUCUUCCCCUCUACGUGUACUCAUUAGUAAAUCAAGACAAGGGUGGAGAGCGUCCAAAAAUAAGUCUCCAGGUUUCUCUCUAUCUUCUUUCUCAAGUUUUUCUGAUUAUACAUUAUGCUCCAUUGGUGAACUCCUUGGCUGAGGUUAUUCUCAAUGGGGACCUCUCAGUGUUUUCUUCUAAGGUUGAGCAAGAUAUACAGAAAAACUCAGCAAAGUCAAGUAUCAGAUGUUUCAUAAAACCCACAGAAACACUUGAGAGGUCUCUUGAAAUUAACAAACAGAAAGGGAAGAAAAGGAUGCAGAAAAGACCCAACUAUAAAAAUGUUGGUGAAGAAGAGGAAGAGGAGAGAGGAUCUGAAGAUAACCAAGAUGACCUUGAUAAAAGUAAAAGUACAGAAGCAAGUUCAAAGGGUGUAAGAACAAGCACUGAAAAUGAAGAAAUAGAGAUGGUAAUCAUGGAGAGAUGUAAGCUGUCAGAGCUGUCUAUCUCUGCUGUGACAGAACAGAAUACAACCGAUGAAGAAAAGAGUGCAGCUGCUUCUGGAAGUGAUAUAACAAACUGGAACAGGCCUUUUCUUGAUAUGGUCUAUAAUGCACUGGACUGUCCUGAAGAUGAUUACUAUGCCCUCUUUGUGCUUUGUCUUUUAUAUGCCAUGUCACACAACAAAGGACUUGACUCAGUCAAGCUGGAGAGAAUUCAGCUUCCAGCUCAACAUGCUGAAGAGAGAAAUUCAUAUAAUCAUGUCCUUGCAGAAAGGCUCAUCAGGAUAAUGAAUUAUGCUGCACAACCAGAGGGAAAAAUUCGUUUAGCAACUUUAGAACUUGGCUGCCUGUUGCUGAAGCAGCUUGUGUUUUCUAAAAAUGGCAGGAUCAUAAAAAGUGUUCACCUUGAUUGUCUUGAGGGUGCAAGGGAGGAAAGUGUUCAUCUCCUUCGUCGUUUCUAUAAGGGAGAAGAAAUAUUUCUGGAUAUGUUUGAAGAUGAAUACCGGAGUAUGACAAUGAAACCUAUGAAUGUAGAAUACUUGAUGAUGGAUGCCUCAAUCUUGCUACCCCCAACGGGGACACCACUGACUGGGAUUGAUUUUGUGAAAAGAUUGCCUUGUGGAGAUGUGGAAAGAACACGAAGAGCAAUCAGAGUUUUCUUUAUGCUCCGUUCACUGUCACUGCACUUGAAAGGUGAGCUGGAAACACAGUUACCGCUCACCAGGGAGGGAGAUCUGAUAAAGGCAGAUGAUGUUCUGGAUUUGAAUAACAGUGAUCUGAUUGCUUGUACAGUCAUAACAAAGGAUGGGGGUCAAGUUCAAAGAUUCCUGGCUGUGGAUAUUUACCAGAUGAGUUUGGUUGAACCAGAUAUUGCCAGACUUGGAUGGGGAGUAGUUAAAUUUGCAGGCCUUCUGCAGGAUAUGCAGGUGACCGGAGUAGAGGAUGAUAGCAGAGCCCUGAACAUAAUAAUUCACAAGCCUGCCUCAAGCCCUCAUUCAAAGCCCUUCCCGAUCCUCCAGGCCACGUUUAUUUUUGCGGAUCACAUUCGCUGCAUCAUCGCCAAGCAGCGCCUGGCCAAAGGCCGGAUCCAGGCUCGGCGCACCAAAAUGCAGAGAAUAGCAGCUCUCCUGGAUCUUCCUGUUCAGCCUUCAACUGAAGUUAUGGGUUUUGGACACAGCUCUGGAGCUGCAGCCCAGCACCUUCCAUUUAGAUUCUAUGACCAGUCCCGGCGUGGGAGCAGUGACCCAACAGUGCAGCGCUCUGUCUUUGCAUCUGUUGACAAAGUCCCAGGCUUUGCUGUAGCCCAGUGCAUAAAUCAGCACAAUCCAUCCCCACUCUCGUCACCAUCCCCUUCCAGUGGCAGUGGCAGUACAGGACGCUGUGAUUCAGUGACUGCAAGCUCGACAUCCACUCCUUCUGCUGCUCAGAGCCCAGCAGAUGAUGCUUCAGCUCCAGAGCAGCCUCUGAUGGCCAGUUCCAGUCAGACAAUGUUGACUGACGAAACUCUUUCAGCUGUUUCAAAGUCCAGCAAAAACACUGUAAAAACCAGUGACAUAGAAACAGCCAACCUGUCUCCCAGCCUGAUUCCUGCACAGCAGCCCACAAUAUCCUUAAUCACAGAUGACAACACGGACACGCUGAGCGUGGAGUCGCUCACACUGGUGCCACCAGUUGAUCCACACAGCAUUCGAACAUUCAGCUGCAUCCCUCAGGCCUCUUUGCAGUCUGAAGUUGAAGCUGACAAGGUGAAAGAGGUACUUCUGGGGGUUGAGAGGCCUCAGGUCCACACGAAGGGACCAACUGGUGACCAAGAAUGUCAGCAGCUUUUAGACCCAACAUCGGAUACUCAGCAUAUCUGAACUGGAGAAGAGAGAAAAAACCCAACCUUUUGAACCUGAAGUGGUUCUUUCCUACCAGUUAAUGUCAUACAAGAACAUGAACGUAUUUCAGAGAACCUACUGUCUUUCUAAUAGGAACUAAUUAAUUGAAAGGUCUACAGUAUUAUGGCAAAGUGAAGAGAUUUUUGGAUACCCAGCUUCAUGGUACUGCAUUAUUGCAUCUCUGAAACAAGAGAUGUACCAUUGACCAGAAAAAAUUAUAUAUUGUAGGACAGAGGUAAAACUUCCAUUUGAGUCAGGGUAUGUUUUUUCAGUUUGGUGUUUGGUUUGGGGUUUUUUUUUGUGGAGGAGGGGUUUGGGGGUUUUGUUUGGGUUUUUUUGGUUGGUUUUGGUUUUUAAUCCUGAUCUUGUUCAUCUUUUGGAGGUCUGCACAAUACCAGCAGGCUUGGCCACAUUCAGUAUUGACUUGGUAGGACUCCAGACUUAAAUAUUAUGUUUUCCAUAUGAAAUAUUUAUUUCAAGGUUUGAUUCAAAGUUAAAAUACAAUGCUUGUUCAGAUUAACAUAAGGGAUUUUUUGAGACUGCUUUAGUCUUUGCUUAGUCACCUAGACAAGAAUGUAAAAUAUUUUAAAAUAUUACUAUAGCUUGUUUGUUCACUUCUGACAGUCAAAUUGCUACACAUCUGAGGAAUAGUGAUAUCCCUGCAACUGAGACAACUUCAAGAAGCAGACAGAAGCAGUUUUACUCUAAAGAGGUUUUUCAGAUUUUUCAUAUUCAUGUAGGAAGAAGGUCACCAUAUCCAACUGCUAAUUCCUUUGCAAGUCUGAUCUCGAAAGGUAUUACAUAAUUUUUUCUCCCUUUCAGGGAUAGUAUUCCAGUUAAAUGGCAUUGCUGCAUAAAAGUUCUGAGUUAACAUUACUUCCUAGAUACUGACACCAAAUUGACAGAAAAGGAAAAGAUGUUGAUUAAAGUUUGGAAUGUUCUCUGCUGAUUUGAUACAUAAUUAACAUGAAAGGAAUUUAAGAUUUUUCAUCAAUUUCCAAGUAAGUUAAUUUAAAUGAAUAGCAGAAUGAGUAGAUUGUUGUUGCUGGUCUGUUCAUAACACUGUUGACAAUUCCUCAAAGGAGGACUGCUGUUUACUUGGAAUUGAUUUCAGUCACCACUGCAAUCUAUUUCCUUAUUCAGUCUCUACUGGCAUUGAGUUCUUACCAAAUAGUUGAAUUUGCAAAGUUUUUACCCACUUCCCAGCUGUUUAUUGUACCUCUUCCUGGCUGUCAUAGGGAAUACUUGAAGUGAUUUUUCAGUGUUUUAUAUUUUAUAUAUAUAUAUAUAUAUAUAUAUAUAUAUAUAUAUAUAUGAAAUUGACUAAUUCACAGGUACCACUUUUCUCACUUUUUGUCUUCUUCACAUAAUAAUUGGAUCUUUUCCAACUGGGUAUAUGGGAUGUCUGCUACUGAACGCCAGUAAUUUUUUUCCCCCUUAUUAACUUUCAUGCAGCUUUGAUUUCUAAUUUUCUGUGACUUUUACUUUCUCUCAAAUUGAAUUAACUGAUACUCUGACCAUUCCAGACUGGCACAAAUUCUAAAUGAACUCCAAGUUAGGUGUCCUCAGCACUGCAGUAGAUUUUGUGUGAAAAUCUGGUAUUACUGAAAUAAAAGCCUAUUUUUUUGGUCUUUUUCUCUCAUGCUUAAGAUGGAUUUGCACUGAUGCAGUCACUGUUGCAGCUGAUGUGCAUGUACCUGAACAAGCCUAGAUAUCAGUAGCAAUCUGGGCACAAAGACCACAUGAUUUUUUAUUAGCUGAACUGAUUGCAGUCUAGACUUUCUCUAAAAUUUUGCAGCAUUAUACUGUAGUUUCAGUAAUAUUCUGAAGACCAUUAUAAAAAAUACCUCACUUAAUUUGAAAGCAUUUUAUGUUAGUUACUAACCUUAAAUUCUUGACCUAGAUGACACAAAAUACCACUGUGCAGGCUGAGUUCCCUUAAAUAAAACCCAUUGUAGACUGGAAAACCUUGAUCUUUAUUUAUCUCAUUUCAAAUUCAGUUCUAGCAAGAUUAGACCCAUGCACAAGGAGUCUCUUCAAUGCAUAUGCAUAAUCUCACCCCUGAGCUGCACUGCACAAGAAAUGGGGCAAAGGGAAAGAAGGGUGGCUUUGUGCUUUUCAUUACUUUUGAGUGGCUUUUAAAUUUCAUGAUCACUUGUCUGGUGAGUGCUUCACAGGAAAUGACUGAGAUAGGUACUGUUAGGGAAAUAAAAGAAUAGGUCUGCUGUUCAUUUGCCUGAGCCUCCUCUGGGGGAAAAACCUCUUUCUGAGAUCCAGUCUAAACCUGCCCUGACUCAGCUCCAGCCUUUUCCUAAUUAAGCAGUAAGAUGUGAGUGACUGUAAUUUCCACACUUACUGCAAGUGUCUUGGGGUGAUUGCUUCAAGCAGUCCAGAAAUUCAGAAAUUGCCCUGGAAUUGUGUCAUUUCACGUCAGCAGUAAAAUAAACUUUAUGCUUGAAGACCUAGGUGAGCUAUCACACAAACAGGUCAAACUGUGUAAGGAUGAAGCCACUUCCUAAGAGUAAACACUUCACUCACGUGGUGCUGUCACUCUGGUGUAAUCUGUCCCUUCACUGCAGGAGACAGGGAGCUCCAGAAUAGCCUCAGGACCAGUGACACAGACCACCAGGGAGCAGUAGUCAGAAACGCCCCCCCAAGCUAAACAUUCUCUUCUUGUCUCCACUUACCACCUAAAGUUAAACUUACUUUUAAAAGAGCAUUGCCCAGGCAAGCAGUUGCUGUCUGGGAGAAUAAAUGGUUUUAGUCCUGUAGUUGAAUCAGACGUCUGCAGAGACAUUAGCUGGGGGCAGAGAGAUCAAGGCCUUUUGCCUCCAAGGUAGUUAGUCUCCUUCUUUCUGACAGCCUAAUGUAGCCAUCUAAAUACAUGUUGAAAAUUUUCUUCUGAACGGCUACUGUCCUUCUUGAAAGAGUUUCUUGGUGUGUUCCUGCUUCACCACCACUGCCCCUACCCUAGGAUGUCACUCACCUGGGCACUGUUCUUCUAUUAUCUCAGAAUCUUCGGAGAAAUUCUCCUGUGCUUGCCUACUGUAUUUCUCUUGACCUUUCCCAACAUUUGCAGCAUGAAUUAGAAAAAUAGAGUAACUCUUCCCAUCUCCUAUUGGAUUCUGAAAAGCAGAGGGUGAUCCAAGCAGGGCUUGCUAGGGUGGGAUGUUUUUAGGGGUUGGGAGGGGAGUAGUGUUCGGGGGUUUUUCUGCUGCUCAGGACUUGAGCAGCAACAAAGACAUAGGAGAUGCAGUUCUUGACUGAGUCUCAAAAGAGGGUUCUUUCAUAUGGAAACAUAUUUUUAUAUUACAUUUGUACAGAAUUUUCCCUAUUUUGAUCUCCCAACAUUUCUAGAUUUGCACGUUGCUCAGAUUUUAUUUCUUUUGCAAGGUGUUAAAAAUAUAUAUUUUGUGUUUGUUAAUGUAUUAUAAAUGUAAAGCUAAAUUUUGGUUGUCUAAUAAAUGUACACUAUGGUGGUAGCUGGUUGUUUUGCUAACUUGAAUUCAUUGGUUUUUAAUAUGAAAAGGAAAAACUUGUCAUUGUUGGGACUGUCUUGUUAGCAUAAAUAAAUGUGUGGAGUGCAUUUAUUUUAAAAGUAACUAAAAAUGGCUUAAGCAGGUAAUGACUAAGAAUACUAGUAACAAAAGUUAAGGUCCAGACUAGUUCACAGGAUUCUUUCAAGAUGAUAAUCUGAAGAUUCAUGAGGUUAUUUUUUUUUAUUGUUUCCCAUUACUUUUGGUUAUGGAUAUUCAUACUAAAGUGAGUUUAAGACACAGAGAAAUGGCAAUCUGAUCACUUCAGUACAUAUGAGAAGAUCUGAGGGUUAGUGUUUGGGUGUAUUUAAGGACUAGUUGUGGCAGAAGUAUUUACAAUGUGCACGAAGAUAAUUUUUUAAGAUUGAGAAUAGAUUCAAGUGUGCAAAUUUAUAGACUAUUACAAUGUCUAGGAGCUUUGUUUUGCCAGGAACAGCACUGAAUAUACAUUGUCACAACUUCAGUAAACCCUCUGGAAGCAUUAUAAACUUUAGAAGAUAACUUUAGGCAUCUCCACUUGUGAAUAGAUGUGUUGGUAUUUUUGUUGCAGACUUUUUCCUUCAUUUUUAGCUGUUUUGUAAGUUUGAUUGUUUUCAGUGCAAAGAGGGAGAAAUGUAUUUUUCUAGAAGAAUGAAUGUACCUGGGAUUUAAGCACUACAAAAAUCAUUUAAUGAACGUGGACUGUCCUCCUAUGAAAUAUAUUUCAGUAAAGGUGUCUGAAAUGUAGUUCAUUUGAGAAAAAAAAGUCCUGAACAUGCACUUACGUUUACAUGGAAAAAAGCCCAAACACGGUGUGAAUAAAAUUCUGAAAUGUCUUUCUACAGGCAAUAAGUAUUAAUUAUUUAAUGUAAGUUAUGUUAGACAUUUGGAGUAAAUGUGAUAUCUUAUGUUAAUUUAAAGAACAAAGUAACGAAGGAUCUGAGAAGGGAGUGGAAUUAGAAAAUAUUGGUGUAUGUUUCUGAAAUCCAGGAUUUUGAGUCUGUAUUUGCUGGCAUUGAUAAUUUGUCGUGGCUAUUGAAAACCUGGACAAGAGCAAAGAAUAGACCUUUCUUUGUAAAUGGAAUUUGGCAAU